AAGUAUCCCGCUUAUAAUCUUCUCAGUCAGUUCCUUGUUCCUUCCCUUUGACUUACACUCCGCUAUCUUCCUAUAUUGAGCUGAACAGGAUUGCUCGCUGGAUAUCGCCAAGGGGUUUCCCAAGCAACUUAUAAAAAUCGGGAUUAGUGGAAGAAGAUGGAGUAAACUCUCGUCGGGGCGGCCAGACAAAAGCAGUUUCCAGAGUGAAUGACUAGCAUGCGCAGAAAAUCGCUACACGUGUCAGUAUCGCAAUUAGUUUUUGAGAUAGCCACGACCCUUACGGAUGGCCUAUCUAGAUCUUCUGGCGACACGUUUUUUCGACAAGGAGCACUUACCUGGAAGCUGGGAACUAGGUCUAAAUCUAAUCAGUUCUCAACUAAUCAAGAAGCAGUCUUUAAUCGAUUUUCCAGGGCAAUCAGCGUUGACGUGCUGAGGCACUUUGAAAGCCCCAGAAUCCCAAUCUUAUGCGGAAACCCGUUCCGGAUCUUAUUUGAAAGAUUUGUCAGAGCCACCAGUACUUGGAGCCUUAAUUUUCAUGGCGCAGUCAAGUACUAGGAGGGAGAGCUUCAAAUAGUGAUGAUUCCAAUUCCUUAAAUGAGGACCAGCAGGAGCCUGUUUCCAGGAAUUGUCUUGGG